AUCUCUCCGUUUCCAUCGAGACGCCUGUUGUCAUGGCGACAAUGACAAGCACGCCAACUUUUAGUUACGUUCGAUUGAAGAGGGGGUUUUUUAUAAGCGUCCCCCCGACAGUUCAAACACUUCUUUUCAACUCUGUUUCACAAGCUACAAAUUGGUUUGUCCAUGUAUAACAGAAAAGGUUCAGCAGAGUCGGAAAUGUCUGCUAGCAGUGCGAAGAAAUUCAUCAAGAAACCAGCAACAUUACACUUGAUCAGUGUCACCCAGGUUCCAGAGAAUACCAAUUGCCUGGCGUGCUCAGAUGAUGGAGCAUACCUUAGCCUGGGUCACUCCAGAGGCCUCUCGGUGUGGUCUGCGAGUAGUCUGGACUGUGAGGCUGAGUGGCUGCAGGACAGGAUAGAGAUUACUUCCAUUCACAUGACCCGCAUCAGUGAGACUGGCUAUCUACUGGGCACGAUUGAUGAGAUGGGUGUUGCCAGAGUCUUUGUGUACAACUUAGAAAGCCUUUAUUGUUUCAGUGUUAUCAACAUGGUGGAUGAUGUUAGCAAGAGGAGCGUUUGCUUGUACUUUGAAUUAUGUAAAGGAGGUGAACAUGGAGCUAUAAUAAUGAGGUUCAACAGUGAAAUCACGCUUGAAAUCUAUUACUUUCCCGCACAAGACUGGCUGAGAGAGUUAAAGGAUCCAAAAAUUUCUUCAAACAUGAAAUGGUCUGCUAUUGUUCGGGUGAAUCGAGUUAAUCCAUCAACAGCAAUCACGACAACUCUCCCCAAUAUAUUGUCUAACUUUUUAGUUUUGGAUGACACAAGUGAGCCACCCAGACACUGCACUCCACAUUUUCUUAAGCGCUGUGGUCAAUCUUGCGGAAAGAUUAAAGCAAAGCCAGGAUCACCUGUUUCCGUCUGUUUUUGGUGGACCGGAAGUCACAAUCUACUUUACCUGUUGUUGUCCAAAACAGCAAAGGCCAAACAAGAUCCAGAACCAACACCGUUGAUACUGUGGCCCAACGCAUCUGAAAUUCUGUGCUCUGCUGUCAGUACGUGCACUCGUUUCAUUGCAGUCGGCCUCAGCAACGGGCUGUUGUGUGUUUGGGACAGGCUAUCUAGCUCGCCAUUGCCAGUCUCUGGAGUAUCAACAGACAGCGCCUUCGUCAGACUGCACUUUGUUGAUUAUUGGCCUGCGUGUGACGAUAACAGCCAGUUGUUAACCGCAGGUGACGUCCACCUUGUGACGCUUUGUGAGAGCGGCGCCAUUCACGUCGUAAGCACGGGGCGAGGAGUGGCAACCGACACAGAGCAGCUCUCGCCAAGGCCAAAAGACAGCAGUGACCUCCCGACUGUUAUUACGUCAGUGCCAUUCCUCCAGGGCUUGUCUUUGGUGGUGUGUCGCAACGGGAACAUGUUCCUGCAAGAUGUCGUUAACAAAGCCACGGUGUGCGUCUUGUACCUUCCGGCUCAUCAUGUGCUGGCGACCCCCUGCAAUCCCAUCUAUGCUCUGAAUGUCAAACAGCGUAUUCUCUUCAUAUGUGCUGACCAGGAGCCCUUGCCUGGCACUUCGUUCCUAGAUGACGAAGAGAGUCAGACACGACUUCUAAUUCUUCGUUUUGAGGAGCAUGACACCAUGAAGCCAUAUGUGUUUUCCCACCCAGAAUCUCCAUGGCAACAAAAGCCAGGUGUUACUGGAGAAGAAGCCUGCAAUCUGUAUUUUCAGCAAAGAGCCCUAUCAAUGGAUGAAAGACACAAAGCAAUAACGCAGACAUGGAAGCGACUGAGGUGUGCCACCACCAUGUAAAAAUGUUAAGGACUGGAAAACAUUUUUAUUCGGUCCAGAGGUAAUAUCAGCAGAUACAUAGUUAUACUGUGAUUUAAUUUUUUCCUUGACUCGAAGUUCUCAUAUCUUAUCAAUUAUCCCUAUGGAAAUGAAUGGAUUUACAUUUGUUUAGGGUGCUCAUUUAACUCAUUGUCUGCCCUUGACGGCACUAGAUGUCCAAUCCAUUUUGACAGGGUGGGCUAGCAGCCAUCAUUCACCCAUCACUGCCAGCCCUUCUAGUCCAAAUGGAUUGGAUGUCUAUCACCAUCAAUGGCAGCUAAUGAGUUAAUACUUAAAAAUAAUUGAGCGAUUCUAAAAACCGGAUCAUUUUUAUCCGAUUCCGAUCCUCAAAAAAAAAUUAUCCCUACUAAUCCCUAAUUAAAAUGUAAUAAAAGGCAACCCCACCCCCCCCAAAAAAUAGUUUAAUGAAGCUCAUUUGAAAUGGACACACCCACGCUAUAGCAGUUGAACAUGGUCUAGGGAACGACUUCAGAAGCUCUGACUCCAACUCAUGGUUGCCAUUUCUUACGCGGUUAGCUUAAUGUUAGCAUCUUUUCCAUAAACUCCAUAAACUGUCCUGAUCAAUGAAUGGUAUGGUUCUUUUUGUCUCCACACUUCACUCGAGCAGCGUUAUAUCUGAUUUUUUUUCCAAGUGAAUGCUAACUAAUGACAAAAAAAAAAAGACUGUAUGAUUAGGGCACUUGUAAACCAAGAUAAGCUAGUUUAGGGUGACCAAACGUCCUCUUUUGCCCGGAGAUGUCCACUUUUUACAUCCUGUCCGGGGCAUCCAGUGGGGUUUUAUAAAUUCAUGAAAAUGUCCGGUUUUCAUUAUUUUUCACUGGAAAAAUUUGCGUGCGUUGAAAUUGACUCACGCUUUGCACAAAAUAUUACGGUACUGUGCUGCCUGUGAAGUGUUCCCAGAGAACAAAUUUGCGUGCACAGUCACAGACUGGCUUUAUCAUGGCGUCAACUAUCUAUUCUCAUUCACAAACAAACCUUCGUCACGACGGGAGCUAAUAGGCUAUCUGUAUGUACACUUGCUAAAUUUACCUUUUGGCAACUGUUGACCUCUGUCGGGGCGUUGUACUAUGUGAUCUGUAAAAUCCCGUUUGGUGUCGCAUCGUUGCGUUGCCGAUGACUGUAAACUUUCAUAGAAAUGUUUGAUUUUUGCCUCGGCUACCUAUGCUCGCUAAUAGGGUAGCUGUCAGCGAGCUAAGCUGUGCUAGGCAUUAUUGAAAUUUUAAUUUUAAACUGCUGCGUUUGGAAACACGGUGGUUGAAUUUUUUGUCAGUUUAUUUCGGUUAUUGUUUGCGUGCAAUCUAGAACAUUGAAUGAGAAUAAUAGUUGAGUGGGAAAAACAAUUUGUCAACGACAAUUGUAUUGGUAGUAAUUUAUAAAAUUGUUAAGUUGGCACAUAGCCAACUGUGUUUGUGUGUAUUGACUGGACUACAUUUCAAUAGGUCUGCAUCAUAUUAUUGAAAUAUUUAGCUAUUAGUUUUUGAACAACUUCUGUGGAAUGAUGACUUAAUGAUGACGUUGUUGACUAUGAUUAUAUAUCAUGGUGAUGUUAUUAUCAUUUGUUUCCUGGGGUUAUAAUCUGUGUAUUUGUGGUAAAAAAAAUAAAAUAAAAAAUAAAAAAAACAUCAAAUGUAAGGGCAAACCUAAAUAUCUAAACACCUUUGGUUGGUUCUGCUGUGCUCAGUAACAGAGAAAACAGACGUCAGAGCAGUGUUCCAUCAUGCCCCAAAGUGCAAAACAAACGAACAAAAAGAAUAAAAUGAGUUUUUUUUGUGUGUGCGGUUAAAUUAGUAUUGUUGUGAGGCUACGGUUUGAUUUAUAUUAUUUCACUAGAAAGAGAAAUUACCGUUUUGUUAAAGCUGGGUUUUCUACAGAAGAGGUAAUAUUUAGAACAUUAUUUCAAUUUUUUUUAUUUGUACAGUAAGAAUUGAAAAGAUGGCUCUUAUUUUGUUCAAGGAUGAUUCGCCAAUACAGAAGAGGCAUUUUUUUAAAUCAUUAUUUACUUCCAUCCCCACCCCUCCAAAGCCCCUAAUAUUAUUGUUCUAUUAUUUUACGAAUAAUAAAGCCUGUUGAGUAACCUCUGAUUAUUUGAAUUUGUGUCUUUGGCUAUAUAUAGCUUUUUUCCUCUUUUUUUAAAAUCCGAAAUAUGGUCACCCUAAACUAGCUUCCAUUUCAUUUAGUGAGAUACCCCUGCUUUAGAAUCAUUAAAUAUUCAUACCUCAUACUCUUACACCCCUCAUACCCUCCCUCAUUGUAUGAAACCAUACACUGCAGGGAUCAGAUAUGGAUUUUUAAUUUGUGCACAAAAGCCAGGUUCGAAUUGGAAGCAGCUAGUACGCUAGAGUGGUUGCCAAUGAUCUGCACUGUCAUUGAGGGGAUAAUAAACCGUGCCCGAUUCAAAAGAUUAUUCCUCUGUAACCUAUGGCAGUACUUUGCUCCCAAACAAUUUAUUCACUUUGUAUUAGUGUUGCAUCAAAACCAUUUUCGGGCUCCCAAUACCGAUUCUGACUGAAUGUGUCAUAUCUGGCGAUAACGAUACUGUACUGAUGCCACGUUUUUUUGAAAACAUACAAAAUAAUUGAAUGUAAAAAAUGAAUGCUAUUAUGGUUUGUUCAGACAAUGCUUAACAAACUUUGUGCCUACCUGGUAUGUGUGACAAUAAAAAAUGAAUGAAUGAAUAUAUUCCUCUAUAAUUUAAGACUUAAGAUGCUUCCAAUGGCCAAAAUGUUGCUGGUUUUUCAAUGUUUGUACAAUUUUGUAUGAAGCCUGAUGCUCGUAUUAAGUCCAGUCAGUGACAUUAUACCACAUUAGUACUGUACAUUGGCAUAGCUCAAGUGCUAAUCACCUAUGUUGGAAAAGGACACAAGUUUGCUAUCCUGCUUUUCCAGUUUCCCUUCCUUUUAACAAAACAAACAUCUUUAUAGACGCUCAUUUCAAUGUCAGUGUAUAUAAAAAUUUAAAACCUGGCUGGAAUUGCUGUUUAACUUCAUCCACCAGUUAACGUUUAUGACCAUCCAUCAAAGAUAUGACUGCUAAAUGAGCAUGUUCAACAACACUUACCAGAAGAAAAACUUAUUCACCACCUAUUUUUCCUCUUCUUCUUCUGUUUCUUCGGUGGUGUUGUG